CGGGCCGGUAGCAGCAGUCGGAGCGGUGGCGUUUGGACAAUACGCGAAAGAGAGAGAGAAGGAGACAGGCAGAUAAGAAUGGGCAUGGCAGGGCUUCCAGCCUCCACCACCGUGUGCAUCUGGCAUCUGUGGGUCCUUGAAAAUUGAGCCUGGAUCUUUGGCUUUGCAGGCAAGCACCUUAAUACUUAAUACCCAAAAAAACUGGAUGGCUUCUACAGGGAGCCAGGCCUCUGAUAUAGACGAGAUUUUUGGAUUCUUCAGUGAUGGCGAACCCCCCACCAAAAAGCCCAGAAAGCUGCUUCCAAGCUUAAAAACUAAGAAACCUCGAGAACUUGUGCUGGUGAUUGGAACAGGCAUUAGUGCUGCUGUGGCACCUCAGGUUCCGGCCCUGAAAUCCUGGAAGGGAUUAAUUCAAGCCUUACUAGACGCUGCAAUUGACUUUGAUCUUCUAGAAGAUGAGGAGAGCAAAAAGUUUCAGAAAUGUCUCCAGGAAGAUAAGAACCUUGUCCACGUUGCACAUGAUCUUAUUCAGAAACUGUCUCCUAGAACAAGUAAUGUUCGUUCUACAUUUUUCAAAGACUGUUUAUAUGAAGUAUUUGAUGACCUGGAGUCAAAGAUGGAAGAUUCUGGAAAGCAGCUGCUUCAGUCAGUUCUCCACUUAAUGGAAAAUGGAGCCCUAGUAUUAACUACCAAUUUUGAUAAUCUCCUAGAACUGUAUGCAGCAGACCAGGGGAAGCAGCUUGAAUCCCUUGACCUUACUGAUGAAAAAAAGGUCCUGGAGUGGGCUCAAGAGAAGCGGAAGCUGAGUGUGUUACAUAUCCAUGGGGUCUACACCAACCCUAGCGGUAUUGUCCUCCAUCCCGCUGGCUAUCAGAAUGUGCUCAGAAACACUGAAGUCAUGAGAGAGAUUCAGAAACUCUAUGAAAACAAGUCAUUUCUCUUCCUGGGUUGUGGUUGGACUGUUGAUGACACGACUUUCCAGGCCCUUUUCCUAGAGGCUGUCAAGCAUAAAUCUGACUUAGAACAUUUCAUGCUGGUUCGGAGAGGAGAUGUAGAUGAGUUCAAGAAGCUUCGAGAAAACAUGUUGGACAAGGGAAUUAAGGUCAUCUCCUAUGGAAAUGACUAUGCUGAUCUUCCAGAAUAUUUCAAGCGACUGACCUGUGAGAUCUCCACAAGGGGCAAAUCAGCAGGAAUGGUGAAAGAAGGCCAGCUAAAUGGUUCAUCUGCAGUACAUGAUGAAAUAAGAGGCUGUAGUACAUGAGCAGGAUGAAGAAAUUACCAUUACACCAUGCUGUGAGGCCUUCCUGUGGACAGUGUUUAACAUGCAGACUUACAAGAACCCAGCACAGCUCCCAGGAAGUACCAUUAUCCAGAAGUUGAAGUUUGGGUAGAAUAGGCUGGAAAUAUUCCACCUUUUCCUUCAUGCUGGCUACUUCUUGAUAUUCCUCUGCCUGGUCCAGUUCAAUACCUAAAUGACAUCAGGACGCAAUGCAGCCCUCACCAUCCCCAGGCUGGACAUGCUUGUGUCCACACAGCAGACCAAUGUGAUGACUGCUCUGGCUGCAGCUCUGCAGGAAAGACUUGGGGUUUGACGUCAUGGAGUCAGUGGGCUCUUGUUGCAGUUUUGUACUCUACUUGGUUUUUCAAUUAAGCUUAAUGGCUUUUUUAAAAACAUAACUCGAAGCUCUAGUUUUCUAGAUCUUUUACAGUGUACAGUAUUUUACAUAACUGAGCUGUAUUAAAAGCUUGUUCAUUUACUUGCCAGGA